CCUUGUAAACAAUCAUUUUGCCCAAGUCGCACUCGACCUCGUUCGUGCCCUUGUACCGUCACAACUACCCCGGCCAAGCCUGUCGUCUCUCAGUGCCAAUUCACUCCUUCCAUGGAGCCGACUGGCAAUCUCUUCUUCCCUGGCACCUACGACGACCGGCCCCGCUCCGACAGCCCUCCCCAGUUCACUUACUCAACUUGCCCGGCUCCUAACGAGAUCCUCCUCGCUCCCUACGGCUCCGCUCAGCACUACCCGAUAAUGACCAUCGCUGUCGUCUAUCCUAACUUCCUCGCGGCUUCCGCCGUUCCCAUGGCGCAUCCCUCGAUGACGCACUUCAGCGACGUCAUCAAGCGGGAAUGGUACCCCGGCGAUGACGGGCUGACCUCUUACAUUACAUAUGGCUACAUGCCUCCCAUGGGCUUCAACGCUCCCAGCCCCUACGACCAGCCCAACCCUGAUACUCCUAACUCUUUUGACUACUCGGCCAACUGCUCGGAGGCCGGUUACGAGUAUUCUAUCACGCCUCUGUCAACGCCCAACUCACCUGGCACGAAUCAGCCCCAAUGGAGAUCAGAGACUACGUCUGCGAUUCUCACCUGAAUCCAGCCAAGAUGACAACGACGACGAAGUCAUUGUUUGCUCAGGGUCAUGAGAAUGGUCAAAGGCAUUAACGGACUGCAGUGAAAUAAGUGGACGUGGAUGGAGACUGCUUUAAGCGGGCAGAGAGGCGGAGGUGGUCUUGUUGUUGGGCAGAUAUCAUCGAGCCGUCGAAGGUGAUUAGAUUAUGAAAGUGCAAUAUAGAGGAUGGAUGAC